AUGGCCUCCCUUCGCAGCAUCGGUCGUGUGGUGUCUGCUCUAAGGAUUAUAUCAGUUGGCUAUCAUGCAAGAAAAAUUCAUACAGGUCGACCAUUGUCUGCAUAUUGGAAUAAGGACUGGGCUCCUGGUCCAUAUCCAAAAACCCAAGAAGAAAGGGAAGCAGCUGCUAAAAAAUAUGGCCUUAGAAUAGAAGAUUAUGAACCCUAUCCAGAUGAUGGCACUGGAUUGGGUGAUUAUCCUAAACUGCCUGAUAUCUCUAUGGAAGGCAAAGAUGCCUAUGAAAACUGGGAUAUUCCUGCCUUGAAAAGAAAUUUUGGUGAACCUGUUCAUGCUGAGGCCAACUGGCUACGAGAAGAUCGAAUGAGCCCAGAUGUAGUUGCAACAAUGCGUAUUCCUAUAUGGCAACAAUUCUUAAUGUUUAUGGGAAUCAUGGGAGGCACAGCCCUUUUAGCAUAUCUUGUAUCACCAAUUAAACUUCACAUGGCAGUGAUGCCAAAGCAAUAUCCAUUUAAUGAGUUAUGUGUUGAAAAAGGUUUGAAAGAUGAAGGCAAACCCAUUAUCCACUACACAUUUGAACCGGCAGAUUGA